CCCUUAAACCACGCCUCCGACUUGUGUAACACCCGGAGGCCCGCGUGGCUGCCAGCGGCCAAGAGCAACCACGCUGCUCCGGGCGCUGGCCCGGGCAGUCCUAAGGAUGCGGCGGGGGCAAGGGAAGCGAAAGGCCGAGGUGAGGGAGCUGCCACGCGUGUCUCGGAGGAGGAAGGAGGAAGAGGAGGAGGCGGUGCAGGAGGCCCGGCGGAGGGCGGCCCCGUCCGUGCGAGAGUUCAAGUACAACAAAAAGCGGGUUCGCCUCGUCUCGCAGGGCUCGGACCUGAAGGCUGAUGCUCGGUGCAUCCUUUACUGGAUGUCCCGGGACCAGCGGGUGCAAGAUAACUGGGCUUUCCUCUAUGCCCAGCGCCUGGCACUCAAACAGGAGCUGCCUCUGCACAUCUGCUUCUGCCUGGUGCCCAAAUUCCUGGAUGCCACUAUCCGCCACUAUGGUUUCAUGCUGAGGGGCUUGCAGGAGGUGGCUGAGGAGUGCGGAGAGCUGAACAUCCCCUUCCACUUGCUGCUGGGCUACCCCAAGGACGUGCUGCCCACAUUCGUGGUGGAGCAUGGAGUGGGCGGGCUGGUGACAGACUUCUGCCCCCUCCGCCUCCCCCGGCAGUGGGUGGAGGACGUCAGGGAGUGGUUGCCAGAAGACGUGCCGUUUGCGCAGGUUGAUGCCCACAACAUCGUGCCCUGCUGGGUUGCCUCCCCCAAGCAGGAGUACAGUGCCAGGACCAUCCGGGGCAAGAUCCAUGCUCAGCUCCCCGAGUUCCUCACCGAGUUCCCCCCUGUCAUUCGUCACCCAUAUCCCCCCUCCUGCCCGGCAGAGCCCAUUGCUUGGGAGGCCUGUUAUUCCAGCUUGCAGGUGGACCGCACCGUGAAGGAGGUGGAAUGGGCGACCCCCGGCACGGCUGCGGGGCUGGCUAUGCUGCAGUCCUUCAUUGCAGAGCGGCUGAAAUCCUUUGGGUCCCACCGGAACGACCCCAACAAGGCAGCGCUCAGCAACCUCUCCCCGUGGUUCCACUUUGGCCAAGUUUCCACCCAGCGAGCCAUCCUGGAGGUACAGAAGCACCGGGGCAAGUACAAGGAGUCGGUGGACGCAUUUGUGGAGGAGGCCGUGGUACGGCGGGAGCUGGCUGAAAACUUUUGCUACUACAAUGAGAACUAUGACAGCGUGCAAGGUGCUUACGACUGGGCACAAACCACCCUGAAGCUCCACGCCAAAGACAAGAGGCCUUUUCUCUACAAGCUGCAGGAGCUGGAGCAGGGGACCACACAUGACCCGCUCUGGAAUGCUGCCCAGCUCCAAAUGGUCCGGGAGGGCAAGAUGCACGGCUUCCUGCGGAUGUACUGGGCCAAGAAGAUCCUGGAGUGGACCCACUCCCCUGAGGAGGCCCUGCAGUUUGCCAUCUACCUCAACGACCGUUACGAGCUGGACGGGAGGGAUCCCAACGGAUACGUAGGCUGCCUUUGGUCUAUAUGCGGCAUACACGACCAGGGCUGGGCAGAGCGGGCCAUCUUCGGGAAGAUCCGCUACAUGAACUACGCCGGCUGCAAGCGCAAGUUCGACGUGGGCCAGUUCGAGCGUCGCUACGCCCCCCGCACGCUCUCCCAGUGA